AUGCAUCUACAGAGGAGAAGAAGGUUUCAGCUGAACCGUAUUUUAUUUAUAGUCUGUGUGAUGUUCCUUUGCUCCCUGUACCAACUGUCCAUUAAUCAACAGAUGGAUUCAGGACCUUGGACAGAGACUAACCUGGAAGAACCUAUCUUUCUGAAAGAUGCAAAAAGUGAGAUGACUGUAAAAGUGUCUGUCAGGGAAGUAUUAAACUGACGCCCCCCCCCCACCACCACUUCUACCACCACCACUUCUACCUCACUUGCCCCCACAGAAAAUGUAACUGAAAGGACCAAAACCCGACACUGUAUUUUUGUGGACCCAGAUCCCAUAACACCUACCAUUAAACAAAAAACCACAACCACUGUCCCAAUCUCCACCAGCAAGCCCAAUAAGCCCCCUUUGCCUCAUGCCAAAGGAGAAUAUCCAGAGGACCUAUUCAGCAUAGAGCAGCGCAGGGAGGGUUGGGUAAUAUUUCAUAUCUUUGGCAUGAUGUAUGUCUUUGUGGCCUUGGCCAUUGUCUGUGAUGAGUUCUUUGUGCCAGCUUUGGGGGUGAUUACAGAGAAGCUUGAGAUCUCUGAAGAUGUAGCUGGUGCCACAUUUAUGGCUGCUGGUGGAUCAGCACCAGAACUUUUCACCUCCUUGAUUGGCGUGUUCAUUUCUCACAGUAACGUUGGCAUCGGAACUAUUGUGGGUUCGGCUGUCUUUAACAUCUUAUUUGUCAUUGGUACUUGUGCCCUCUUCUCCAGGGAAAUCCUCAACCUUACAUGGUGGCCUCUCUUCAGAGAUGUCUCGUUUUAUAUAGUUGAUUUGAUCUUGCUGAUUAUCUUCUUCCUUGAUAAUGUUAUUUUGUGGUGGGAGAGCAUGACGCUUCUCACUGCGUAUGGGCUUUAUGUCACCUUCAUGAAAUGUAAUGUUAUGAUUGAAACAUGGGUGAAGACUCAUCUGUCCAAAAGAAAGAAGCUAGUGAAAGUAAUGGCACUGGAAGAUACAUCUAAGAAGGGCAAUGGGUCAGUUGCAGGGGAUGAGCCAAAGCCACCCGAAGACAACAACAGAUUAAAGCUGAAGCCUUUCCUUACUAGAGGUGGGAGUUCGGCCUCUCUGCAUAACAGCACCAUUCGCAGUACCAUAUUUCAGCUCAUGAUCCAUACCCUGGACCCUUUGGGGGAAGCAAAAUUUAAAGACAAGGCUGAAAUCAUGAACAACAUGGCCAAGGCCAAGGUAGAUUCAGAGGGGAAAAAAGGACUGAAUACCAAAGAUGAGAAGGGUGAAGGAGGUGACAUCCCCAACACUGUGAAUGUACGGGUGACUCCCCCCACUGGGUCUGAACCCUCGAAGGAUACAGAGGAGGAAGUAGACAAGGAUGACACCCAGAAAGGAGCAGCGCAGGGCGGUGAUGGAGGAGGAGAUGGAUCUGGCAGCGGUGGAGAUGAAAGUGAUGAGGAGGAUGACAGUGAGGAGGAUGACAGUGAUGACGAUGAGGAGGAGGAGGAAGAGGAGCCAGAGGAACCUCUAUCUUUGGAGUGGCCUGACACAAGGAGAAAGCAAAUAACCUACCUGUUUCUUCUGCCCAUUGUAUUUCCUCUGUGGCUGACUGUGCCUGAUGUUAGGAGUCCAAAAUCAAGAAGGUUUUUCAUCCUGACAUUCCUGGGCUCAAUAAUGUGGAUUGCUAUAUUUUCAUACCUCAUGGUAUGGUGGGCACAUCAGGUGGGGGAAACCAUUGGCAUUUCAGAGGAGAUAAUGGGUCUUACCAUACUGGCUGCUGGCACUUCAAUACCAGAUCUCAUCACCAGUGUAAUUGUGGCAAGGAAGGGACUGGGAGACAUGGCUGUGUCUAGCUCUGUAGGAAGCAACAUCUUUGACAUUACUGUAGGGCUGCCCGUUCCCUGGUUCCUGUUUUCAGUAUUUAACGGUUUCAGUCCUGUGGCGGUGAGCAGCAAUGGCUUGUUUUGCGCAAUUGUCCUCCUCUUUCUCAUGCUUCUCUUUGUCAUAUUCUCCAUUGCUGCCUGCAAGUGGAAGAUGAACAAGUUUCUUGGACUCACCAUGUUCACUUUGUACUUUGUGUUUGUGAUCGUCAGUGUCAUGCUGGAGGACAGGAUAAUCGUCUGCCCCAUAUCUAUAUAA